AUGCCGCCCUCACAACAAUAUCGACCUUCCGACCCACCCGAUUCCCCCGCGAAUGACUCCGACUCCGAUCUUGAUCUAGAUAUCCAGGAGCUCGACCCAAUAUCGACUAAACCUGCCCCAAGGGCUAACAACGAGCGUCCUUCGGCUGAGCCCGAGACUUCGCGGAUAGCGCUGCGAAAUCUGCGUAUGGGUGGAGCACGGCGAGCUGGAAAGCGGAAUCGGGGGUACGGUGACCUUGGUCGGGACAGAGAUGGAAACGACGAGCACUCGCAAUCAUUACUAGGAGACCAUAACAGCAGUACGCCUCGGUGGUCAGAUGGAAGCGGCAAUGAGGACGACCAGCCACUACUAGGAGGACAGCCCUCACAGGGCCGGAGAUCCAUGAACUCGGACAGAGUCUCUUCACGACUACGACUACCUAGUUUCAUGUCGAGUUCUAAGAAGCCAGACCCAAAUGACGCAGAGGACCGAGAAGAAGAUGACCCAUCCUCAUCACGACAUGUUGCUGUGGGCUCAACUCAGCCUGUACGCUUUCCGAACAACAUUAUCUCGAACGCCAAGUACACCGCCUUGACGUUUCUCCCAAUCACUCUUUACAACGAAUUCUCCUUUUUCUUUAAUAUGUACUUCCUUCUCGUGGCGCUGUCGCAGGCGAUACCUGCCCUGAGAAUUGGCUAUCUGCUCACAUACAUUGCCCCGCUGGCAUUUGUGCUUUGUAUUACUAUGGGAAAAGAGGCUUUCGACGAUAUUGCUCGACGACGAAGAGAUACCGAAGCCAACUCGGAGGAAUACAAGGUCAUUGUGCUCCAGGAUGCCGAUUCAACGCAAUCCCCGGUGCGACAGAGAAAAUUGCUCAAGUCAGAGGUGUUGCAGAAGCAUUCAAGGAAGAAGUCAAAGGGAGCACGGGAGAACCUCUCAGACAUUUUAGAAGAGGAGAAUGUUGAGGCACCACCUCCAUCCUCGCGAGCUAUCGAAGUUAGCCGCAAGUCUAAGGACUUGAAGGUUGGCGACGUUCUUAAACUUACAAAGGGUCAACGUGUACCGGCUGAUGUCGUCAUAUUAAAAUGCUUAUCUUCCGAGGCUCCUGCACCUGCACCAAUUCCUGAAGAACCCGCGGAAGAGGAAUCUUUGCUGGCGUUCGAUGGUGAGGAGCCACGAGGGAAAGGGAAACAGCCUGCGCAAGCGGCCCCAGAGCAAGAGGUGGAAAGCGGUCCAGGAGGUGAAACCUUCAUCAGGACCGAUCAACUGGAUGGAGAGACGGAUUGGAAGCUCAGACUUGCUUCCCCUCUUACACAGAAUCUGCCAACUGAAGAGUUUGUCCGUCUUCGUGUUACUGGUGGAAAACCGGACAGAAAGGUCAACGAGUUUUUGGGUACGAUCGAGUUAGUUGACUCCCGAACCGAAGCGUUGGCACAUCAUGCGACAGUAGGGGAGUCUGAUGCAGCUCAUACGGCUGCCCUUUCUAUCGACAACACAGCAUGGGCCAAUACUGUCAUCGCCUCACAAGCUACUACUCUAGCUGUCAUUAUGUACACUGGUCCUCAGACACGAUCUGCUCUUUCCACAGCCCCUUCCCGUUCCAAGACUGGUUUGCUGGAGUAUGAGAUUAAUUCAUUGACCAAGAUCCUGUGUGCGUUGACAUUGGCUCUGUCGGUUAUCCUGGUCGCACUUGAAGGUUUCGAGAAUACCAAGAACAAUGUUUGGUAUGUCAAGAUCAUGCGCUUCUUGGUUCUGUUUUCUACCAUUGUUCCCAUCAGUCUUCGUGUCAACCUUGACAUGGGCAAGAGCGCAUAUUCUUGGUUUAUACAGCGUGACCCUGGUAUGCCUGGCGCUGUUGUACGAACCAGUACUAUUCCUGAAGAUCUUGGCCGCAUUGAAUACCUGCUUAGCGACAAGACUGGCACGUUGACCCAAAAUGAAAUGGAGAUGAAGAAGAUCCACGUUGGAACAGUGUCCUACGCCAAUGAGGCAAUGGAUGAAGUAUCAACAUAUGUCAAGCAAGGGUUUUAUGUUCCGCCAUCGACAGAUCGCGCUUCCCAGAACAUGCUCAUCACCCCUUCAUCUACAUAUUCCAGCUCUACCAACACAGGAACAACACGUACAAGGCGAGAAAUUGGCACUCGAGUUCGUGAUGUCGUACUUGCUCUUGCUCUUUGUCACAACGUCACACCUACGGUUGAUAUCGAGGACGGCAAGGAGGUCACUGGAUACCAAGCAUCUUCGCCUGAUGAGAUUGCCAUCGUCAAAUGGACAGAAUCUGUUGGUCUAAGGCUAGUGUACCGUGAUCGCAAGAGUAUGGUACUGGAAUACACCAACAACAAGAGACCGGUAGUUCGCGUGCGAAUUCUUGACGUGUUCCCUUUCACCUCUGAGGGCAAGCGUAUGGGUAUUAUCGUCCACUUCCACGAGGACGUCAGCGUUAAGAAUCCAAGCCUGUCGAGUGGCGAAAUUUGGUUCUUCCAGAAAGGUGCUGACACAGUCAUGAGCACCAUUGUUGCAGCAAACGAUUGGCUUGAUGAAGAGACAGCCAACAUGGCACGCGAAGGACUGCGUACGCUUGUUGUUGGUCGAAAGAAGCUCUCAUAUGACCAGUACAAAGAGUUCUCUGCUCGAUACCAGUCGGCAUCGCUUUCCAUCAGUGGGCGUGAUGCUGGCAUGCAGCGUGUGGUCUCUCACUACCUUGAAAACGACCUAGAACUUAUCGGUGUUACUGGUGUAGAGGACAAGCUUCAGAAAGACGUCAAACCCUCUCUUGAGCUACUCCGCAACGCUGGUAUCAAGAUUUGGAUGUUGACUGGUGACAAGGUAGAGACUGCCAGAUGUGUAGCGGUCAGCUCCAAGCUUGUGGCUCGUGGUCAAUACAUCUAUACGGUUUCGAAGCUCAAGAAGAAGGAUAACGCCCAAGAACAUCUUGACUUUCUCCGAAGCAAGACGGAUGCUUGUCUCCUUGUUGAUGGUGAGAGCUUGGCGCUCUUGCUGACGCACUUCCGCCUUGAGUUCAUCUCUAUUGCUGUCCAACUGCCUACUGUUGUUGCUUGCCGUUGCUCACCGAACCAAAAGGCUGAGGUUGCUAAGCUCAUCCGGGAGUACACCAAGAAGCGCGUGUGCUGUAUUGGUGACGGCGGCAACGAUGUCUCUAUGAUUCAAGCUGCCGAUGUUGGUGUUGGUAUUGUUGGAAAAGAAGGUCGACAGGCCAGUUUGGCUGCCGACUUCUCGAUCGAGCAAUUCUGUCACCUGGUCAAGCUCUUGGUCUGGCAUGGUCGUAACAGCUACAAACGAAGCGCUAAGCUCGCACAGUUUGUUAUUCACCGUGGUCUAAUCAUUGCCGUGUGCCAGACUAUGUAUAGUAUUGCUAUCAAGUUUGAGCCAGAGGGCUUAUACAAGGAUUGGCUUCUUGUCGGCUAUGCUACCGUUUAUACUGCAGCACCUGUUCUGUCACUUGUGCUCGAUAAAGACGUUGACGAAAACCUUGCCAACCUUUAUCCUGAGCUUUACAAGGAACUCACAACUGGACGAUCUCUCUCAUACAGAACUUUCUUUGUCUGGGUAUUAGUAUCAAUUUACCAAGGCGGCAUGAUCCAGGGCUUGUCACAAAUCUUCACCGAAGUCGACGGCCCUAAGAUGGUUGCUGUCAGUUAUACCGUCCUUGUUCUCAACGAACUUCUUAUGGUGGCUAUUGAGAUCACCACGUGGCACCCCAUUAUGAUCAUCAGUAUCAUCGGCACUUUCCUUAUGUACAUCGGUUCCAUACCGUUCUUGGGCGGAUACUUUGACCUCGAAUUCUUGAUAACUUGGGGAUUUGUUUGGCGUGUACUGACGAUCGGCGCUAUUUCUCUGAUCCCACCGUACGCGGGCAAGUUGAUUAGGAGAACAAUGAAGCCUCCGUCGUAUAGGAAGGUUCAGAAUCAUUAA